UUGUGAAAUUUAAGUUGGUCGUGUUUUCUGAGAAAGGACUGCGGUCCGUUUAAGCGCAGAAUUUAACGCCGCAUACUUGAGUGCAGUUUGUCCGUCAAAAAUGCUUAACGUUGAAUUACUCACAGACCGCAUUGCGAGGGCAAGUCUGCAGAAGCGUCGCAACAGAGAGACUGAAAGACAAGAGCGGUUUUUUAAUGACAAAGUGAGGACCAUUGGGGUUGACAAGGAAGUCCUGGGCACGCAGGUGAAAGAGAAAAAGAAACAAAAGGAGGCAGAAAAAGAGAAACAAAACGCAUGCGAUGCUGAUAUGCUCCAAAAUAGCAAAGUAGCUUGCAUUCUCCAUAGCAGAGAAGUGAAGAAGAAGCGGGCUAUGGAGAAGGCCAUUGUCAACUACCGGCAUCAGUACCAGCAUCCUUGGGGCCAGCGGGAGUAUGACCUGGACGACCCAGACCGCUGUCAAAAAACAGACCUAGACAAUGCGCAGAUGAUUCCCUCUGGCCUAGUGGGCGAGGACUCGGAGUGUAAGGACAGACGGCAGAGGCAGAGGGAGCAGCUCAGAGCAUGGCUUGUCCAGCAGCAGAGUGAGCGGGCAGCAGAAAGGCAUCAUCAAAAGCUGGAAGAGCAGCACUAUGACCAAAGCAGAGUAGAGAUGGACAACAAAGCUCUGCAGAUUCAGACCCUUGAGAUGGAGAGGAGAAGAGCAGAGGCCAUUGCUACUAAAGAGUACAAUCUGGCCACGACUGAGGAGAAGCAUCGUCAGGUGCAGGAAUGUAAUAAUGAGAGCAAAGCAGACACUACAAACCAACUGCAAGGACAGCUGACAGGUAUAGAUGUCAAACCCACCCUGGGGAUGGUUGGAGUACUUGGUCUUUGUCCCAGCAGUGAUAGGAGAGCCCCUCCUGAGAGCCUGCAGCAGGUCAUCCAGUUCCAGAAAUAUCAAAUAGAGGAGAAGAAGAGGAUAGAAUUAGAAAAGAAGCAAGAGGAGGCGCUACAUGAUCGUGUUCGCUUGGACUCGGCCCAUACGGCUCUGCUAAUAGAGAGGCAGCAGGCAAAACUGAACAAGCAGCUGAGACGACACCUGGACAGCACCAACCUCAAACUGGCUGAAACAAACAAACAACAGAAACCAGACAUUGAAAGAGGAUGCAUGGAUGAAAGCUUCUUCUCCGAAUUCAACACCUGCAGUAGAUGACAGAUGACACACUGCACUGAUGACGCACUCAGUACGGCGGGAAAGUACUGACAACGGUGCUACAUGUCAAGAACAUGGAAAAAACUGAACCACACAGUCAAUCAACAGUUAGUCUUUAAUUUUGUUAAGCUUAGUUUGGACAGAUCACAACAUUUAACGACGUGUGGAUGAUGCUGAUAAAUGCUCAGUUGAAUCUUCGCUAUUGCUUCAAAAUUAGCCAAAGACAGUCAUUAUGUAUGUUCUUGUUUCUUUGACAGUUUUUUCUUAGAUUUCUUAAAAUUUGCCUGAGUGAGCAAAGAUCAAUUAUGCCCCAUUCAAAAAACUG